UCGCGUGUGACGCAAUCCGCUCUCCGUUUCAGUAUGGCACGUAGGCCCUCGUCUAGAGAUCUGUGUAAAUAAAGACGGUUUAUACGGUGUUUUCAGAACUAACAGGCGUGUGUAUGUGUAGUGAUCGACGAUCGCUGGUCGUUAGGUGUUUCUGAGAUCUUCUCGUGGGAAUGUCCGGAGAGAUAGUGUGAUUUCGGAUACUUUUGAUGUUUUACUGAUCUCAGGAAGAAAAUGUGUGCUAUGAACCAGCAGUGAACGUUAGUUGUGUUACUUUAUAAACGCAUGUGCACCAGAGCGAUGGAGAGUGACUGUAGGAUCCCUAUGGCAUGUCUGAGACCCCGGAUACUGGCCCUGCAUGCUUUAUUCUGGGGCUUAGUGUCCCUAAGAGUGUUUGGAGCAGCACUUCUUAGUGACGAGAAGGCAGCAGUUGCAGUGACAAAGGCAGUGACAGCACCAUGUUGGCAGCUGGAGGAGUUUGUGGUGGCUAAAGAGUGCAGUGCAUGUGAAGGCUUGCAAUCGAAAACUAUACCAGCCUGCAGCCUAACAGGAUUUGUAGAAAAGAUCAACUGCACGAAGUCUAACAAAGAUGAAUACAAGAGCUGUCGCUCUACCAAAAUGGAGGAGCAUCUCUUUUGGAAAUUUGAGGGUGUUAUGCUGGCUCUCACUGUUGUCUUUGCAAUAAUGGUUGUUGCUAGGCAACGCUCACUUGACCGCCAAGCCUCAGACAAGGUUCGACGUCAGAUCGAGUCUAUUUAGUAGUCUGGACUGUACUAAAAGUGAAUUGGCCUGUGGCAUGGUGUCAUAAACUCUCAGCAAAUGGCAUAACCCCACAGUCCAUGACGGCUUCCAGACUUUAUCUCUGGUUUAAUCUUACUGGACGCACAAAGACAAAGCUCUGAAUGGGCACAAUGUGCUCUUUCCUUCCAGACUGACAUUACUUGUGGAUGCUGCUUCUGUGUAGGAUUUGACUUACUAGAUGUGAAUCUCAAGAUCAUCCCAUCAACUCAACAAAAAUUAUGCAAGACAGGAUUCUAGUCCCUAUUUUGUAACAGAAGAUGUAAAGCUCUGCAUAUACCUGUUCUUUCAAACGCUGUGAAGGUGGUGUGUGUAGAACAAAACAUGGGUGUGUUGCAUGUUUUCAAUAAUCCAAAAGCACAUCAAGUAUUUUUUCAAGCUUAGAAUGAAAGACAUAAUUUUUUUCAUUAGGAUGGGUUUAUGUUAGUGUGAGUUAAAGUGAAUAUCAAAAGUUGGGGGUUUGUUCCUUUGGCUCCAUUCAUUUUAGUACAUGAAAUCACAGAUGUCUUUUUCCUGUUUUUCUCCGAACUGACACACUCCUUCAUACAUUAACAUUGACGUUUCAUCCAGGAACAUUACAUUUUCUCUGAGGAUCACUUAUAAUGUAAGUGUGAUUUUACAUUAUCAAAAAAAGAAAAACAUAAUUUAGAAGUAAUAGACUAUUUCCUUUACUGCUUUUGAGCCUCUCUGCAGAAAGGUCUGUUUUCAUAGGCAGGGCAUAUUCAAGAUGAGCAAGUAAAUGCUCACUGCUGUGAACAGUUUUGCUUAUUAAAAUAAAAAAUGGAAGCUGCUGUGACGUAAUCCGAAAACAACAUGGGUCAUUUGGGUUAACAAAGUAUGAAUACCCAGUAUAAAUAAAACAGUCUGGAACAAGACAAUGCAAUAGUGGCAAAAUCAUGUUUACUCCCUCUUCUGUGCUGUGACAUUACCGUUAGAUCCAUUCUAGUCAGACUCGGUGCUGCAUCAUCAUUUACUUUCAGGCUCUCUGAAAAGCCAGUAUCAUACGGUCUUGUUUAAAAAUGAAUCCGUAGCAAAUUAAAGCAAACAAACAGUGCAUCACUGACGCGAUCUGGAGCUCUUUGCUAAUUUUACCCCGUGUUUACAUCGGAACCAAGCGGCGCAUUGCGACUAUAGACAACAGAACCCAUUAUAUUCUGCAAUUCUGUCUACACUGGUUGUGGCAUGGAUUGACACAAAUCUCUGACAGUAAACUGAUGUCCAGUUCUAUUUCUAACAUACAAGCAUUCGUGCCGCUUUUGACAUGAAAGAGAAAUUGAUUCGCGACAAGACACAACAACGCUCGUGUCUGAUCUAGAUAUGGUUUUAGAUCACAGGGAAGGCAAUUUGAAGACUACUUUUCACAAUUUACAUUACACCGUGACUUGUAAUGUCAUCUGUAUGGUUCUGUUGGAGUAUUUCUGUUGUUGCGUUUCUCUAGUAUUUCCUCUCCUCCUACUACAGGCGUGUAUCAGUGGGCGGUGCUAAACAGGCAGUGAUGUAGAAGUAGGCGUUGAUAUUCGCCUCCAAAGGUGAUGCUUAGCCACAUGAUUACGUCAUAAAGUGGCAUAUUCCAGAACUAACUUGGUUUCAAUAAAAGCUGUUUUUAAACUAAAAAGAACGUUUUGAGUUUACGGGAUGAUUUUUUAUAGUACAUUGACGUGUUAUGUCAAAAGAGAAAUUUAAUUUCUCAGUUCAUGACUCCUUUAAUGGUAAUUUAAUUUAUCUUAAAUGUGCAGUUGCUGUUUGUUAAAUCCUUAUUUUCAGAAGGCUUACAUAUUUUUUGUGUUUUUUGCACAUUCCUUUGAGACUUGUAGUUUUUUUUUUUUUUUCUUUUUUUAUUUAUGGUGUUUACUUUCAGUCUUUGCCCUCCUGAGUGAAAUGAAAUAUUUUAUAUAAAGUUAUGUGAGCAAACGUCUUUGUUAAUAAUUUCAGUCUCAAAAAAUACCAGCUCUGUAUUCAUAUCUGAUUGAUAUAUGCAAAACUGCAUAGUAGUGUAUGUUAAAGCUGCUUGACUUGAAAUUAAGAGGAAAAGAUGUAUUGAAAUCAACACUUUUUAUUUGUUUUUUUUUAUUUACAUUUUUUAAGCACUUCUCAGCAAAAUUCAAUAAUGCAUCUGCUUCUCAUUUAUUGAAGGUGAUAGUGAUAUUUUGUGCCAUCAUCUUCAGAAAGACUUUACUCCCCUGGUUUUGGGUACAAAGGUACAUUUCUAACUGUUCCCUAUAAGUUAAUUUACACUAUGAUUGGUUUGAUGGAAUAAUGCCUUUUUGUUAAAGGUUGAUUGGUGUCUUUAUAUGAAAGAUUAGUGACAUUUCCUGUCCUUUGUUGAUAAUGAACUGAGGAAUAAAUGGGAAAAAUAAAUUGU